AUGUAUAAAAGUUUUAUGAACGAAUACGAGCUCUUAGGUCACAUGUCACUAUGUGACACUACAAACAAAGACGCAUAUUUUAUUCCGCAUCAUGGAGUGAUGCCUGAAUGUAGUACUACAAUAAAAUUAAGAGUGGUUUUUAAUGCUAGUAGCCCAACAAAUACUGGUGUUUCUUUUAAUAAUUUACAAAUGAUAGGACCCGUAGUACAGGAUGAUAUUCCGAGGUUGGAACUUUGUGGUGACCUGGUAGGAGUUCGUAUAUAUGAAAAGGUUGUUGCAUCAUUACGAGUACGAGCAGCACGAACCUUUUUUUGGAGUGACUCUAUGAUAGUGCUAGGCUGGUUAAAAAUGUUGCCAAAUAAGCUUCAACCCUUUGUCCGGAACAGAAUUGCAGAAAUUUUAGAUAAGACACCCAAAUAUACUUUAUUAAUAAAUAAAAAGGAGUUGCCUAAGAAAAGUCCACUAAAUAAAUUCAAAGUAUUUUUAGAUGACCAAAAUAUCAUGCAUGUCGGUGGUCGACUCCAAAAUUCAAACUAUCAGUAUGAUAAAAAGCAUCCUAUUCUUCUACGUUCCAAUCAUGAUUUAACGCCAUUGACGCCAGGACAUUUUUUAUUUGGACGCCCCUUAGUAUCAUUACCAUCGCCAAACUACGAACAUCGCCCUGUAAAUUCCUUAACUCGCUUCCAACGAAUAGAACAGCUGAGACAACAUUUUUGGACUCGAUGGAGCAAGGAAUAUAUAUCGGAACUUCAGAUAAGAACCAAAUGGAGGUCAUGUAAGGGUUCGCUGAAACUCAACUCUUUGGUUCUUUUAAAAGAGGAUAACUUGCCGCCACUAAAAUGGGGAAUGGGGAGAAUCGUGGCUGUCCAUCCCGGUCCAGAUGGGAUCAUCAGAGUUGCAGACGUCAAGACGUCCAAUGGCGUAGUUCGAAGAUCAUUUAGCAAAAUUUGCCCAUUACCCCACCUUUCUGAAGAUGGAAAUUCUGGUUGA